UCUCAGUCCCUCCUGCCUGCCCUCUGUACUGCCCCCAGGAUGGGCAGCAGGAACUGGAGCUGGGCUCUGGUCUGGGCUUCUGCAGCCUUGCUCAUGGUGUGGCCAGCAGAGAGCCAGGGUCAAGCAGAGCUGAGCUCAGAACAUCUAGAACUCACCAGAGACAGUCAGAAAGUGUAUAGUGACUCCACAUCCUCAUCCACAAGGCAUGUCACCUUCAUCCCACCUAUCACUGUCUUCCCUAGCAUGAGCGCCUUACACCUGGCACACAAUGGGAGAGUGUGCAGCACGUGGGGUGACUUCCAUUACAAGACCUUUGACGGUGACGUGUUCCGCUUCCCUGGCCUCUGUAACUAUGUCUUCUCUUCACACUGUGGGGCCACCUAUGAGGACUUCAACAUCCAACUGCGUCGUGGUCUUGAGGGUUCCAGGCCCACAGUCACCUAUGUGCUCCUCAGGGCCCAGGGGCUGGUGAUUGAGCUGUCCAAUGGCUCUGUCCUGGUGAACGGACAUCGGGAGGAGCUGCCCUACAGUCGUGCAGGUCUUCUGAUGGAGAAAAGCAGUGGCUAUGUGAAAAUCAGCAUCCGCUUAGUCCUCACCUUCCUGUGGAAUGAAGAAGACAGCGCCCUGCUGGAGCUGGACUCCAAAUACAUCAACCAGACGUGUGGGCUGUGCGGUGACUUCAACGGGCUCCCAGCUGUCAGUGAGUUCUACACCCACAACACUAGGCUGACCCCUGUGCAGUUUGGAAAUCUGCAGAAGCUGGAUGGUCCUACAGAGCAGUGCCAGGAUGUCCUACCCUCAGCUGUCAGCAACUGCACAGAUACAGAGGACAUCUGCCGUCGCACCCUACUUGGUCCUGCCUUUGACAAGUGCACCACUCUGGUAGAUGUCAGCAUGUACUUGAAUGCCUGUGUCCAGGACCUGUGCCGCUGUCCCACCUGCCCAUGUGCCACUUUUGCCGAAUAUUCCCGCCAGUGUGCCCAUGCAGGGGGCUACCCACAGAAUUGGAGGCAUCCUGAUCUCUGCAAUUGGACAUGCCCUUUCAACAUGGAAUACCGAGAGUGCAGUUCACCCUGUGUGGAUACCUGCUCUAACCCCCAGCGCUCUCAACUCUGCGAGGACCACUGCAUGGAUGGCUGCUUCUGUCCCUCAGGAACUGUGCUGGAUGAUGUCAGACACUUGGGAUGCCUGCCCCUGGAGCAGUGCCACUGUACCCAUGGUGGCCGUAUUUAUGCCCCUGGAGAGUCCUUCAACACCAGCUGUAGGUCCUGCACCUGCUUCGGAGGACUGUGGAAGUGCCAAGACCUGCCGUGCCCUGGCACCUGCUCUGUGCAAGGCGGGUCCCACAUCUUUACCUUUGACGAGAAACUCUACAAUGUGCAUGGAGACUGCAGCUACAUCCUGACCAAGAAAUGUGCAGAUAGUAGCUUCACCGUGCUGGUCGAUCUUCGGAAGUGUGGAAUGACAGAUACGGAGAACUGCCUCAAAGCAGUGACACUAAACCUCAAUAGUGGGGACACGGUCAUCCGGAUCCAGGUCAACGGUGCUGUAUUCCUGAACUCCAUCUUUACGCAGAUGCCUUUGUCAGCAGGCAAUGUUACCAUCUUCAAGCCAUCGUCCUUCUUCACCAUAGUACAGACAGGCAUUGGGCUGCAGCUUCAAGUGCAGCUGGUGCCCUUCAUGCAGGUGUUUGUCCGGCUGGACCGCUCCUACCAAGGCCAGAUGUGUGGCCUGUGUGGAAACUUCAACCAGAACCAGGCUGAUGACUUCACAGCCCUCAGUGGGGUGGUGGAGGGCACAGGAGCAGCCUUCUCCAACACCUGGAAGACUCAAGCCUCCUGCCCCAACUCCAAGAACACCUAUGAGGACCCCUGCUCAUACAGUGUGGAGAAUGAGAACUUCGCCCGGGAGUGGUGCUCGAUGCUCACGGAAAGCUCAGGAGUUUUCUCGGCCUGCCAUGCCACUGUUAGCCCAGUGCCCUUCUACUCGAACUGCUUGUUUGACACGUGCAACUGUGAGAACAGUGAGGACUGCAUGUGUGCAGCCCUGUCCUCCUAUGUGUUUGCCUGUGCUGCCAAAGGCGUGCUGCUCAGUGGCUGGAGGGACAAAGUUUGCUACAAGUACACGAACAACUGCCCCCAAACCAAGGGCUACUUCUAUUCAGUGAGUUCUUGCCAGCCUACCUGCCGCUCUCUGAGUGAGGCCGAUGUCACCUGCAGCAUCCCCUUUGUGACGGUGGAUGGCUGCACCUGUCCUGAAGGCACCUUCCUGAAUGACAAGGACCACUGUGUGCCAGUGGAGGAGUGCCCUUGCUAUUUCCAUGGAACUGUGGUGGCUCCCAGAGAGGUUGUUACGGACAACGGUGUGGUGUGCUCGUGUACAAACGGGAGGUUGACCUGCCUGGGAGCCCUGAUGCAGAAGAGCACAGAGUGUCAGGCACCUAUGGUCUACCUGGAUUGUAACAAUGCCUCAGUGGGUCACCACGGGGCUGAAUGCCUCAAAAGCUGCCACACACUGGAUGUGGAAUGUUUCAGCACACAGUGUGUCUCGGGCUGCGUGUGUCCCUCAGGGCUGGUAGCAGAUGGGAAUGGGGGCUGUAUUGCUGAGGAAGAUUGUCCCUGCGUACACAAUGAGGUCACAUAUAGACCUGGGGAGAUCAUCCGGGUAGACUGCAAUAACUGCACCUGCAAGAACCGCCGGUGGGAAUGCACCAACCAGCCCUGCAUGGGUGCCUGUGUGGCCUACGGGGAUGGCCACUUUGUUACCUUUGAUGGUGAACGCUACAUCUUUGAAGGCAGCUGCGAGUAUACCUUGGCACAGGACUACUGCAGAGGUAACACCAGUACUGAUGGGACCUUCCGAAUUGUCACUGAGAAUGUCCCCUGUGGGACCACAGGAACAACCUGCUCCAAGACCAUCAAGAUCUUUGUGGAGAGCUAUGAGCUGAUCCUUCAUGAGGGGAACUUUAAGGUGGUAGAGCAAGGGCCAAGCGGAGACCCUCCAUACAAGAUCAGAUUCAUGGGCAUCUUCCUGGUCAUUGAGAUCCGCAGCGGGAUAGUCGUGUCCUGGGACAGGAAGACCAGUGUGUUUGUCCGGCUGCAGCAGCAUUAUAAGGGCAGGGUCUGUGGCCUCUGUGGGAACUUUGACAACAAUGCCAUCAAUGACUUCACCACACGCAGCCAGUCUGUGGUGGGUGAUGUGCUGGAGUUUGGAAAUAGCUGGAAGUUCUCCCCAUCCUGCCCAGACGCCCCAGUUCCCAAGGACCCCUGCAUUGCAAACCCUUACCGCAAGUCCUGGGCCCAGAAGAAGUGCAGCAUCAUCAACAGCGCAACGUUUGCCGCCUGCCACUCUCAGGUUGACUCUACAAAAUACUAUGAAGCCUGUGUGCAUGAUGUGUGUGCCUGUGACUCAGGGGGUGACUGCGAGUGUUUCUGCACCGCUGUGGCCGCCUAUGCCCAGGCCUGCCGUGAUGUGGGUGUGUGCUUGUCCUGGAGGACACCGGACAUCUGCCCUCUUUUCUGUGACUACUACAACCCUCAUGGGGAAUGUGAGUGGCACUAUCAGCCCUGUGGAGCCCCCUGUCUGAAGACCUGUCGGAACCCAACUGGACACUGCCUUGUUGACCUGCCAGGUCUGGAAGGCUGCUACCCACAGUGCCCAGCCAACCAGCCCUUCUUCAAUGAGGACCAGAUGAAGUGUGUGGCUCAGUGUGGCUGCUACGAUGACGAUGGAAACUACCAUGACAUUGGCACACAGGUCGCUACAGCCGAGAAUUGCCAGAGUUGUCUCUGCACCCCUGGUGGCCUCCAGUGUGUUUACAACCUUACAGCCUGCACAUGCACCUAUGAGGGCCGUACCUACAACUACAAUGAUGUUGUCUACAACACCACCGAUGGCCUCGGCGCCUGCUUAGUAGCCAUCUGCAAAGACAAUGGGACUAUAGCACGCACAACUGAAGUGUGCCAUGAAGUCCCAUCUACCACACCAUUCACAUUCACCACCACCCUGGCACCCCUUGCCACAAACGGCUCAGCUUCCACUGUGUCUACCGUGUGUGUUCAUGAGGUCUGCCACUGGUCCAUUUGGUAUGAUGAGAGCCAUCCAGAGGCUGGCAUGACAGGCGGGGACUUUGAAACAUUUGAGAACCUGAGGAAGAAAGGGCACCAGGUGUGUCAAACCCCCGUUGGCAUCGAAUGCCGUGCAGUGAAAUUCCCUAGCAUGGACUUAGAGAAGCUGGGUCAGAAGGUCAGCUGUGACCCAUCCACUGGGCUGAGAUGCUUCAACAGUGAACAGAGCCCCCCGCUGUGCCACGACUAUGAGCUGAGGGUUCUCUGUUGUGAUUAUGUGCCCUGUGGCUCCUCUCUGACCUUGGGCAUAAGUACCACUCCCUCCCAGCCUGACACCAGCAGAAGACCCUCUUCGCCUACACUUACCACUCAUACAGCAUCCUCAGAAUCACAGUCCUGGACCAGAGAAGAGAAAAAGACAUCAGUGGAUAAAACUCACAGCUCAAGACAAACAGUGCCAUUUACCUCAAACAGCAGACAUACUUCACCUUCUAUGUCGUCAGCCAGCAGCCUCCCCCUGUCCAACCCUACCUGGACUACAACACUGAAAGCGACCAACGAGAACACAAUGCUUAGCUCCCGGACAACAGCAGUAUUCACUUCACAAACCAGGUCUACUUCAAGGCCCAGCACAGUCACACAGCCAGCCAGCAGCCCUGAGACCUCCUCCACUACCUGCCAACCCCAAUGUCAGUGGACAGAGUGGAUCGAUGUAGACUACCCUUCAUCUAGCAUUGAUGGAGGAGACAUCGAGACAUAUGAGAAUAACUACCCCGGAGUGAAUGUGGACGAGUUGGGACAGAAAGUGAAGUGUGAUGUCAGCUCUGGUCUGGUGUGCUACAACAAGGACCAGGGAGGCACUUUACCAAUGUGCUACAACUACCUGAUCCAGGUGCUCUGUUGCAGUGUUAGCCACUGCCAGGGAUCUACCACCGCUGCAGGGUCAGCUCCCACAACAGGAACUGCCUCAACUGCCACUUCUGGGACUGCUACGCAUACUUCCUGGCCUGUGUCCAGCAUGCCUACCAGCACCAGCAGCACAGAGUCACUUUCUUCCUCUGGAAAAACCACAGUCCUUACCACAGCUUCUUCUGUAGCCACAGGCACACCCAGAGAGACUCAAACCUCAUCCUUGCAAACCACUGGUCUCUCCUCAGCCCUUACAACCACAGGGACCAGUUCCACAGGCUGUAAAUCUCAAUGCACCUGGACAGAAUGGCUGGACAGUGACAAACCCCAACCUGGCCAGUUUGAAGGAGACAUCGAGACCUACUAUCAUAUUCAGAACAAGACAGGUAUCAAGAUAUGCAAGAAACCCGUGGACAUCGAGUGUGAAGCUGUCCUCUUUCCCAACAUAUCCUUCCAGAAGCUGGGCCAGGAGGUGGUUUGUAAUGUGGACUUUGGACUCAUCUGUAGGAACAGCAAGCAGAGUGACAACCAAAUCUGUUUCAACUACCACAUCCGUGUUCUCUGCUGUGAGGAAGAUACCAGCUGUAUCGGCACAACUGGACCACUGUCUACCACCUCCACAUCAGUACCUGGAUUUUCCAGCACAGUCUCCACGUCCACAACAAGCAAGUUGCCAUCAGAGGAGCCAAAACCCUCAACUUCAUUCACAACUCAAAGUAGACCCUCUACCCCCAGGACGGAGAAGAUUGUCUCCAUCACCACAGCUAGGACUACUGGGAGUUACCCUGUCUCUAGUCUCUCUACCUCUCCAGCCUCUCCCACCAGCCUUCUCCCAACUUCAGAAGAGCCACAUUCAGGUAAACCAAGUACAAGUUCAUGGACAGCCUCCUCCAAUGUUCCAAGCACUGCCAAGCCAACCACCUCCACUGGCAGACAGUUCUCUAGAACAAAAACCACAUUGUGGAAUAGCCUCCCUUCUAGUACCCCAACCAUGGCCACCAGAUCCAUCCAGCCCAUUUCUACCACAAUGACAACCAGGAACCCUCAAACACUAGUCACCAGUGACAUUUCCAAAACCAACUCUAUGUUGCCUAGUAGGCCCCAUGUCACAACAUCUUCAGCCACAUCAACAAGUGGGAGUCAGAUGAGCAUGACAACCAUCUCCACCUCCCUGACCACUGCUGGGCCCUCCAGUCCUCCUCAUAGAGGCACGACCACACACCCAGCCACCAGCCCUGAGACAUCCUCCACCACCUGCCAACCCCAAUGUCAGUGGACAAAGUGGAUCGAUGUAGACUACCCUUCAUCUAGCAUUGAUGGAGGAGACAUNGAGACAUAUGAGAAUAUCANGGCCAAUGGAGAAAAAAUCUGUGAGAAGCCNCAGGACAUCAGGUGUAUGGCCCAGAACUACCCNGNAGUGAAUGUGGACGAGUUGGGACAGAAAGUGAAGUGUGAUGUCAGCUCUGGUCUGGUGUGCUACAACAAGGACCAGGGAAGCACUUUCCCGAUGUGCUACAACUACCUGAUCAAGGUGCUCUGUUGUAGUGUUAGCCACUGCCAGGGAUCUACCACCCCUACAGGGUCGGCCCCAAUAACAGGAUCAGCAACUACUGCCACUCAGACCCUGAGUUCUAAGCCUCUUCCCAACACUAGUCUGACCGUGACCAGUCCUCACUCAGUCUCCACCACAGUAGCAACAAGCAUCUCGAGUGUCACGGAAACCAGCAGCCCAAGAAGCGUCUCCUCAAUUCAUACAACACCCAAGAUCUUUCCUGAGACAUUACUGUCGACGACUGGCUUGACAACACAGCAAACGUCGUCAACUGGAAUCUGGACAAGUAUACUUACGGGUACAGCUGGCACUGUCUCCUCAACAUCUCUGUCCACCAGCCUAGAGUCUACCACAGGCAUAACAGAGGUGUCCACCAGUAUACCAGUGACAUCUACCCUACCAGUAACUGUGACUAAUGCUACUACCCCCCAGGGCACGACACUCUGCCAACCCAAGUGUAAGUGGACUGAAUGGUUUGAUGUGGAUUCACCGACCUCGGGAGCAGCAAAAGGGGACAUGGAAACUUAUGAAAAUAUCAGGGCCUCUGGUAAGAAGAUGUGCCAGGCACCAGAGAAAAUUGAGUGUCGGGCAGAGAACUACCCUGCAGUGAGCAUCGAUAAGGUCGGCCAAGUAGUAAGCUGCAACCUGGAAACGGGGCUGAUCUGCAAAAAUGAAGACCAGAAAGAUGAUUUCAAAAUGUGCUUUAACUACAAUAUACGUGUGCUUUGCUGUGAUGACUAUAGCCACUGUCCUACCACCCCUUACACCACCAUCAAGUCUCCCCUGGUCCCUUUCACAACCUCAGUGUCCUCGAGCAUGGAGUCCACCUUUCAGACUAACCGUCCUGCCAGCUCUUCAGGGCCAAGCACCCAAGCAUCCACAUGGUCUACACUUCCUAACUCAGGCUGUACACCUCGCUGCAAAUGGACAGAGUGGUUUGACGCAGACUACCCUAACCCCGGCCCCAGAGGCGGGGACUUUGAGGUCUAUGCAGUAUUUCGUGAGGUUGGCUACAUCUUCUGUGAUCAGCCCAAGGACAUUGAGUGCCGUUCAGAGAAAGAGCCAGACAGGCCCCUGGAAACUCUAGAGCAGGUGGUCCAGUGUGAUGUGCGAUUCGGGCUGAUAUGCAAAAAUAUCAACCAAUCAGGACCUUUGCAGUAUUGUGACAACUACCAUGUGCGCCUCCUCUGCUGUGACAACUAUAGCCACUGUACCUCGUCACCCAUGGCCACCAUGUCCACUGCUCUUUCUUCCUCUCACCUGCCAUCUGCUCACACUUCCCUGGCUUUGAAUACUUUUCCCCCCGGACUCAGUAGUUCCAGCGAGCCCCACUCCUCUUCCCUGAUGUCUACUCACACCUCUACAAUGUUGACCACAGAGACUUCACCUAUAGCCACUGGCCCCACUGUGGCCCCAUCCUCAACCUCAGGGACCCCUUAUACCCCCAAAGUUUCCCCCAGCAGCCAGGUGACCUUCAGUGUGACUACUGCUUUUUCCUCCGUCUUCAGUACCCCCAGGCCUGUCUUUUCCAGCCAUGCAUCUUCCCCAUCACCCUGUUUCUGUCAGGCAUUUGGGCAGCUGUUCUUACCUGGGGAUAUCAUCUACAAUAAGACUGAUGGAGCUGGCUGCCAGUUCUAUGCCAUCUGCAACCAGUAUUGUGAUGUUGACCGCUUCCAGGGUACCUGCCCCUCCUCUUCACCUCCAAUGUCUUCUACCACUGAACCUCUGCCUCCCCUGCUUCCUGGCUGUGAUAAUGCUAUCCCUCCCCGGCAGGUGAAUGAGUCUUGGACCCUGGAGAACUGCACAGUGGCCAGGUGCCAGGGCAACAAUCAAAUCAUUCUCCUUGAGCCAGAGCCUGUGGACAAUGUCACCUGUGCCAACCGUCACUUGCCUAUCAAAGUGUGGGACAAGGAGCCUUGCCACUUCCACUACGAGUGUGAAUGCUUCUGCAGUGGAUGGGGGCACUCACACUACCUGACAUUCGAUGGCACCUCCUAUACUUUCCUGGAUAACUGUACCUCGGUGCUCAUGAGAGAGAUCCACCCUCGCCAUGGUAACCUGAACAUCCUUGCCCACAGCUACUACUGUGGGGCUACCACAAAUGUCACCUCCUGUCCCCGUGCCCUCAGUGUGUACUACAACUCCAUGGAGAUUAUCCUUACCAUCACCACCACUGAUGGUGGGAAGGAAGAGAGCCUGAUUAUAUGGGACCAGAUGUGGAUACGGUCAGGCUUCAGUAAGAAUGGUGUGACCGUGUCCUUGAGUGGGGCCACCACAAUGAGUGUCAACAUUUCCACCAUUGGCACCAUCAUCACCUUUGAUGGGAACAUCUUCCAGAUAUGGUUGCCCUACAGAUAUUUCAGCAGCAAUACUGAGGGCCAGUGUGGUACCUGCACAAACAGCCAGAUAGACGACUGCCGCCGGCCUGAUGGCACCAUAGCUUCUGACUGCCAGGACAUGGCCAAAGAAUGGCUGGUGCCUGGGAACAGUAGCAGCAGCUGCUUAGCUCAGCCUAGCCCUCUCCCCAGCACCACUCCCCAGACCCCAGUGUCCAGCACACUGACCUCCACCCCGUGCCCCUCUGCACCUCUCUGUGAGCUGAUGCUGAGCCAGGUCUUCGCAGAGUGCCACAGGCUCAUCCCUCCAGAUGCCUUCUUCAGAAGCUGUGUCAGUGACCACUGCAAUGCCAAUAUUACUGACAUGCUCUGUCAGAGCCUGGAGGCCUAUGCAGCACUCUGCCGGGCCCAAGGUGUAUGUACCAACUGGCGUAAUGCCACUGGAGGCUUGUGUGACCUCUCCUGUCCACCCACUAAGGAAUACAGGCCCUGUGGACCCCUGCAUCCGGCAUCCUGCAGCUCGAGGACCCAGGACAGUACAACUGGGAUGCUGGCAGAGGGCUGCUUCUGCCCUGAGAACCAGCUCCUCUUCAACUCACGCAUGGACAUCUGUGUGUCAGAGUGUCCCUGCGUGGGACCAGACGGGCUACCCAAGUUUCCUGGAGAACACUGGAUCAGCAACUGUCAGGCCUGUGUGUGUGAGCCCGGCUCUGUGUCGGUACAGUGUGAGCCAGUGAAGUGUGAGAGCCAGGAUAAACCCCCACAGUGCACAGAAGCUGGCUUUGUGACUGUGACCUGGCCCAGUGCUGACAAUCCAUGCUGCCCUGAGACACUGUGUGUUUGCAAUUCAACCACCUGCCCCAAGAACCUGCCCACGUGUGAGCCAGGGUAUGAGCUGGUUCAGACCCAUGAGAAUAGCAGCUGCUGCCCCAGCUACAGCUGUCGACCUAAGCUGUGUACACACAAUGACACCAUUUAUGGGGUCGGCACAACCUUCCCAGGGGGUCCCUGCCAGACAUGCACCUGCCUCUCUGAUGGUGACCAAGAGCCAAAAGUAGAGUGUAAGGAGAUAAACUGUACCACCUCUUGUCCCCAGGGCUUCAAGUACACGCUGGUGCCAGAGCAGUGCUGCGGGGAGUGCCUGCAAAAUGCCUGCCUCACACCAGAGGGCCAUGCAGUACAGCCCAAUGAAACCUGGGUGAACAGUCCUGUGGACAACUGCACUGCAUACCACUGUAUGUCUGAGAAUGGAGUCUAUGUACUGACCCCAGUCCCCACGUCUUGCCCUGAUGUAUCCAACUGUACGGGAACCCUAAGGAAAACAGGUUGCUGUUACUCCUGUGAAAAAGAGGACUCAAGUACCUGUCAAGUGCACGUAAAUGCGACUGUCUUGCGGUAUAAGGGCUGUGAGACAGAGGUCAACAUCACCUUCUGCGAGGGUUCCUGUUCUGGAAUAUCCAAGUACUCCAUGGAGGCCCAGGCCAUGGAGCGCCAGUGCACCUGCUGUCAGGAGAGCAAGGUCCAUGAUGUAGCUGUAACUAUGCAGUGUCCUGAUGGUACAGUCAUCCAGCACACCUAUACCCACAUCGAUGAGUGCAACUGUGCCCCGGCCUGCAGCUCCCUGCCUGGGACUUCCAUGAUUGCUUCCUAG